AUGUCGGACUCAAUUUUAGCCAAAAAUAUUGGGAACUUCUUUGAAAGUCUCAAUUUCGAGUCCUCAAAAGAGUACCUUCCACCAUCAUUAACAAAGCUCAUCAAUAGCAACUACUACUCCAAAGAUACAUACUUCACUCCCCAGGAAAUCAUCGCAGGAUUGAACUCGUCCAAUGACAACGAAAUUUACAUUGUCCUCAAGUUUUUGGUUUGUAUUCUCACCACCAAACAAACCUAUGAUGAGAUCAAUCAGGUAUUUCCUCAUGUGAUCAAGAAUAUUAACUCAAGCAACUUGAAGAAUAGAAGACUAGUCUAUUAUAUUCUACUCAGAUUCAGCGACCAGCAACCCGAUAUUUCCCUUCUUUCCAUCAAUGCCAUCCAGAAGUCUCUCACCGACAAGAAUUGUAUCAAUAGAGCAUUGGCGAUUAGAUGCCUUAGCGGAAUCAACAUUCCUGCCAUCUUACCCAUACUAUCUCUCUCUUUGAAGAAGAGCAUUAAGGAUUUGUCCCCAUUGGUGAGGUCCGCAUCGGCUAUUGCCAUAAUAAAAUGCUAUACUUUGGAUAGAGCUUACAAUGGUUCUUCGGAAACUAUAGGCGAACUAUUAAAGGAUUCUUCAUCUCUAGUGCUUCAGCUCUACCACUUCUUGGACAUCUUGCUCAGCGACAACGACACUCGUGUCAUUGGAUCGGCAAUAAUUUGUUUUUACAGCAUCUUUCCGUCUUGCUUUGAUUUGAUUCACGGUAAGUUGACUCAUUUGAUCGACAAAUUGAACUAUUUGGACCCCUACUCCACUGAGCUAUUGCUUGACAUUUUGACUGAUUACUCCAAAGUGUUUUUCUUACCUACAGAGACAAUAAAGGACGAAUCACAUCUUCCGAAAGAGUUGGCCAGCCUACUAGUGAACUUGAAGUUCCUCAUGUUUACCGACAGUGGGAGUAUAGUUCUUGCUGCUUCUAGAUGCAUAAGCACGGUUUUUCCGUUUGCUAUUGAGCAGCUUCAAUUGGUUGAAGUAUUAAUCAAGUUCACAUAUCCUUCUGCUAGCUGCACAAUGAGUCAAUCACAUUCUAGAGCCGCCAUUUUAGGUGAGAUUGAUCACCUCUUAUCGAAAAAGCUUAUUACCAUCAGUAAACAUCAAUUGAGCUGCUUCAUACCUUUGACAGAUGAUAGCUAUAAGGUUUGCAAGUUGAAAAUCAAUAUCUUAUUUCAUUCGAUUGACUCUGAUACGUUUGAUUUUGUGUUUGACGAGUUGAAAUUUGUGGUUCAGGAUUCACAGAUGCCAUUACAACUAAGAAAGUAUACAUUACAGCAGUUAAAUGGCAUUCUAGCAACUAAUUUGUCCACCGAUCAGCUCUCGAAAGUGGUGAGAUUCUUUUUAAGCAAAUUAAAGGCCUCCAACGAGAGUGAUAAUUUAGUCAGCGAGAACAUUACAGGAUUGAGACAGCUGAUUCAAGGCGAUGUUACUGGAUAUGUUGAUGUUUUGAUGAAGCUGGCCGGUAGACUACUUGAUGAAAAUACUGAUGCAAGUGAGGACGACAACAACCGUGUGUUUCUUGCACCAAUAGCGCAGGCUUCCAUCGUUUGGCUAUUGGGUGAAUUUGGAAUUAACUCACCACGGGUAAGCGAAGAAGAAAUGAAACUCGACGUCGAUCCGGAGAGCAAAACAUUAAAGAUUAUGACACUUAGAAAGUAUCUUCCGGACCUCUUUCGGAUUGUUGUGUCGAGAUUCAAGCAUUUGGACACUCUAGUGAAGUUAGAAACUCUUCAUGCCAUAACCAAAUUGGUGACCAAUGAUAUCUACGAGAGCAGAAAGCUCAACAAGCCAUACAAUUUGCAGGGAAAUACAUUGUUUAAGCUGCUUAACUGGGUUCUCCAACUUACCAAAUAUGACCACGAUGUGGAUCUUAGAGAUCGAUCAAGACUUGUUGGGGCUAUAGUGCCAAAUGUGAUCUAUGGUCCAAAUAUUGAGGCCAAAUCAGAACAGUUGAACAUAGAUGAGAUGUUUGAGAAUCCGGAGGUUGCUGCAUAUUGUGAGGAAAAGCUUAACAAAAUCGAGUUGGCUGUCUACAUGUUCCAAACAGAAAAGCCUACACCUCAAGCGAACGCAGAGAAUAAUCAGAGUACAGAAGUGGCACCCUUUCUACGUCAGUACCUUAGAGUCACCGAGAACCAGCUGGAUCCCGCUUAUAUCGAAUAUUACAAUGAGGUAAGAGCACAAGGAUUUGACUUGAAGGAUUACAACCGAUUUGGAAUGAACGCAGUUUCGUCCAAGUCGUUCAACGCAUCUCAUUCUGGUUCCUCUUCUAUGGAAUCGCCCACUCCAAAGAACAAUCAUUACUCUCCUCCUUCUUCAUGGAACAUUCAUCCAAAUGUCAGCAAGUACAAAUUACAGACGCUAGAUGACUUUUUGGGAGAAAACAAUAACCAGAAAUAG